UUGUACACAGUAAAUGCAGUAUAUGGAGAUACCAUUGUUAUGCCUUGUUCUCAGGGAGUACCUAAUGACCUGAUGUUUGGAAAAUGGAAAUAUGAAACGGCAAACAACUCUCCAGUAUUUAUUGCCUUCAGGUCAACAACAAAAAGACAAGUUCAAUAUGAUGACGUAGCCGAAUACAAAGGCAGAUUGAAUCUCUCAGAAAAUUAUACCUUAUCCAUCAAAAAUGCAAGGAUCAGUGAUGAAAGAAGAUUUGUAUGUAUGCUAGUAACUGAGGACAACGUGUAUGAAGAGCCUACAGUAGUCAAGGUGUUCAAACAACCAUCUCAACCAGAAAUUAUACAUCCAGCAAACUUCCUAGAAACGGAAAAGCUUAAAAUGCUCGGGGAAUGUAUUGCAAGAGAGAGUUAUCCAGAUGGCAACAUUACAUGGUACAAAAAUGGAAAUAUUUUGCAGCCCGUUGAAGGAGUUGUUGUCAUGACCUUACAAAAGGUUGUGGACCGAUCAACUGGACUCUUCACCACAACAUCUUCUCUCCAGUACAUGCCGACAAAGAAAGAUGCAAAUGCACGGUUUGCCUGUAAAGUGACAUAUUAUGGACCAUCUGGACAGGAAGAAAUAUCAUCUGAACCAGUGGUCUUUGAUGUUCAAUAUCCUACAGCGAAGGUGACAAUUAAAGUGCUGUCACAAAGAAAUACCAUCAAAGAAGGUGAUAACAUCACUCUAAAGUGCUCAGGAAAUGGUAACCCCCCUCCACAGGAGUUUUUGUUUUAUAUUCCAGGAGAACCCGAAGGCAUAAGAAGCUCAGAUACUUACAUAAUGACAGAUGUGAGACGAAAUGCAACAGGAGAAUACAAAUGCUCUCUGAUUGACAGAAGCAUGGAGGACUCAACCACUAUCACCGUUCAUUAUUUGGAUUUAUCACUUACACCUAGUGGAGAGGUUACUAAGCAGAUUGGAGAAGAUCUACCUGUAUCAUGCACCAUCUCUUCCAGUAGAAACGCAACUGUGUUUUGGAUAAAGGACAAUACCAGAAUGCAGACAAGUCCGUCAUUUUCAAGUCUACAGUACAAGGAUGCUGGAAACUACAUCUGCGAAACUACUCUACAGGAGGUUGAAGGGUUAAAGAAAAGGAAAACACUUACACUUAUUGUGCAAGGAAAACCUCAGAUCAGAAUGACAAAGAAAACCGGGUCAAAUAAAUCUAAAACAAUAAUCUGCCACGUGGAGGGUUUUCCCAAACCAGCUGUGCAAUGGACAACUACUGGUAGUGGAAGCAUCAUAAAUCAAACAGAGGAGACUAACUACAUUCAUGGAAGUUUUUCCAGUAAAAUUGUAAUUUCUCCUGAAGAGAAUGUUACAUUAACCUGUAUUGCUGAAAACCAACUAGAAAGAACUGUCACCUCGAUGAAUGUCUCUGCCAUAAGUAUCCCAGAAUAUGAUGAGCCGAAUGGAUGUAAUGAUGACAACAGCGAAAAGGUUAACGACCAGGCAAAGCUAAUAGUAGGAAUUGUGGUUGGUCUUCUGCUAGCAGCUCUGGUUGCUGGUGGUAUCUACUGGGUAUACGUGAAGAAAUCAAAGACACCAUCAAAACAUGUAAACAAAGACCUUGGCAAUAUAGAGGAAAAUAAAAAGCUAGAAGAAAACAAUCACAAACCUGAAGCUUAA